CCGGAAGUGCUCGUUCGUACGUUGCUGCUAACUCGCUAGCAGCUGAUGUUGUUCUACUUGAACUUUGUCGACAGUUAAAAUGAACAAACUGAACAAACCGCAGGAGUUUGACUCGUAUGAGAUCGAGGAGCCGAGCGACGAGGAGAGAGCCGAGGACAGUUCGGAGGACGAGUUGGAGGUUCUGCUGAACGGGACCCCGGAGCAGAAGAAGAAGCUGAUCAGAGAGUACCUGACGGGGGAGAGCGAGUCGUCCAGUGGGGAUGAGUUUGAGAAGGAGAUGGAGGCGGAGCUUAGCUCCACCAUCAAGACUCUGGAGGGAACCUGGACACCUGCAGCAGCAGCAGAAACCCCAGGAGGAGGAGGAGGAGGAGGAGGAGGAGGAGGAGGUCCUGUACCUCCUACCCCUCAGAUGUAUGAUGAAGUGUACUUUGACUCUGACUCAGAGGGAGAAGACACGCCGACUGGCUCCACUGGCCGGAGGCGGCGGCAGCGAGCCGUACUGACCAACGACGAGCUGCUGUACGACCCCGAGGAGGACGACAGGGACCAGGCCUGGGUGGACGCCCGGAGGAGACAGUAUCAGGGCAGAAAGCGACCGGCUGCAGGCUCUCGGCCUCGUCAGACUCCGGCUUUAAUGAGCAGCGACGCCGUCCUCAACUGUCCCGCCUGCAUGACGACACUCUGCCUGGACUGUCAGAGGCAUGAAAAGUACCGGACGCAGUACCGAGCCAUGUUCGUCAUGAACUGCACGGUGAAGAAGGACGAGGUGCUGCGCUACAAAACCCAGCCGGAGGUGAAGCAGACGAGGAAGAGGAGGAAGAGGAGGAGGGGGGAGGGACAGAGGGCGGAGACGGCGAUGGAGGACGAGGUGCCGGCGCCGGCGGGGAUGGACGCCGACGAGGUUUACCACCCGGUCCAGUGCAGCGAGUGCUCCACAGAGGUGGCCGUGGUCGAUAAGGACGAAGUCUUCCACUUCUUCAACAUCCUGGCCAGCCACUGCUGAGACACCACAACUCCUUCUUCAUUUUAUUAUUACUACGCAAGUGUAUCUGUGGUUCUCCACCACUGAAGAAGAAGAAGAAGAAGAACCAGGCUGACUGUCAGCAGAACGUUGUUUAUCUUCUUAAGAUAUCUCAUUAAACUGGAAUAUGACCCGAAGACCAUCUCACACGAGGCUGAUAUUAAUAUCUGAUCAUUAAAACAUUUUUGUGACACUUUUACCUUUUAAUCGUCCUAUUUAGCGUUCAUAAUCGGUAUAUAAAUAGUGAAUAAAGGGUUUAUAACACUGUGAGGAAGCUGAUAUAAAUGUUUAAUAAUGUAUUUGUCAACAACUAUAAUAACUCUUCAUUAAGUGGAAGCUGCUGUACAAACUGACAUUUAUAAUAGAACAUUUAUAAUAGAAAAUAUAUCUUCAUAGAAGUUCUAGUUGUUGACAUAUGCUGUACAUUAAAGGAUAGAAGUGAUGUUUAGUGUGUGUAUGAACAUAUAUCAGUCUGUACGAUAACGGAGUGUAAAUGUUCUAAAUACACGUAAACAUCCAAACUAUCCCUUAAUAAACUCUUAAAGCUUCUUUGUCGCUGCGUAUAACUACAUCAUAGUGUUAUGAACUGCUCAUUAAAUGUGUUAUCCAUACGGUUUAUGAAUGUUAAAUAGAGGAAGGUAUCACCAGCUUGAUGACACAUUUGUGUUGCUGUUGAAGAACAAGAUGUGAACUGAAGUAGAUGUUUUACGGUUGUAAAUAAACUUGCUUUAUUUUGA